AUGUCGCAUCAAAACACGAUGCUUUCCAACAGGCGACAAUUCCAUCAAACACUUCCUCCACCCUUACAAGCGGGAAUCACUAAUCACGCAACGAGUCUUGUUCCCUGUCUGUUCCUGUUCCCUGAGGCAGCAGCGGGACCCCUGUUCCUGAGCCCUGUUACCUCCCUGAAGAAGGUUCCAGCUGUCUCGUUGAGCCAGGCUGUGAGGCCAGCUUUAGGCUGUCUGAGCUUAGGCAGGCUAGCAGGCUCCCGUUCCACGGGCCCAGCGCGCCUGUCUCAAGCCCUGUCUCAGGCGGGCACACCUGGGCCCCAGCUCACUGCUUUAGCUGGUCCCAGCACCCCACCCCACUGGGCCCCAGCUCACCACCACCACCUGUGCCCACCUCAGGCUGGCCCCAGCAGCUCACUCCCACCCCAGAGCCCUGUUCAGCUUUCCCCACCACCCCACCACCCCCCAGCUCCCACCCCACCAGCUCCUGUGGGCCACUGGGCUCCACCCCACUCCAGCCCCAGCCCCUGUUCCACCCCACCACCCCUGUCUGAUUGUCUGUUCCCACCACCCACUGUUCCCCACCCCACCCCACCAGCUCCCAGCCAGGCUGUUCAUCCUGUUCCUGUUCCCUGUUCACCUCUCCACCCACCCCUGUCUGUUCCACCCCAGUUCUGCACCCCUGUCUCAGCCCCAAAAUCUCCACCCACCUGUUCCUGUUCCUGUCCCCCUGUUCCAUCUCCUGUUCCUCCCAGCUGGCUGUUCCUGUUCUGUUCCAUCUGA